GGUUCGGCUGCAUGCCGGAGAAGUUCCUGGAAAUGUUGCAGCCCUUCAGGCGUGGAAUUUCUGGAGGGAUUUUCCAACAAAGAGCCUUGACAAAGCCAACGUUUAUCAACUCACUGCUUGGACAUCCCGUAUUUCAGAAUUUACACAUAAAAGUUGGAGACAAAGCUGAGCUUAGCAAGGCUUUUACACAGAAUGAUGUAGUUACUUUUUCUUGUUUAACAGGUGACACAAAUCCUUUGCAUUUAAAUGAAGAGUUUGCGAAGAAGUCUAGGUUUGGGAGAACUGUUGUCCAUGGAGUGCUGAUCAAUGGACUUAUUUCUGCAGUUCUGGGUACAAAAAUGCCUGGUCAAGGAUGUAUAUUUCUUUCCCAGGAGAUUCGUUUUCCAGCUCCUUUGUAUGUUGGUGAAGAAGCCACAGCUGCAGCGGAAGUGAAACGACUGAAGGGUUCUGUUGCACACAUUUCUGUGUCAUGUCAGGUCAGAGAAAGUGGAAAAACUGUAAUGGAAGGGAUGGUGAAAGUCAUGGUGCCAGAGAGUUAGGGCUGUUCAACAUGUGCAACCUCAGUAUAAAGGCCAGUGUACACUUGGUUCUGACUCUCUUUUUAUGUGACAUCACUUAAACCAGUAAAUUUGCAACAAAAAUCUUUCAAAAUGUCUGAAAGUGCAAAAAUUUAACCUUUCUAGAACUGCAUUAAAAGUAGAGUUUCUCCUUUUUUCA